AUGGCAUUUGCAUACAUUGCAUCAUAUUUAUAUGAUACCGAUAAUGAGCAGCCAUUAAACGUGCCAAGAAUUGACCGGCAUAGGCUUCGCGAAAUCGAUAACCCUUUCGAACUAACGUUAACGGAGUUCCGGAGGCUAUAUAGACUCAGUCCCGGCAUGGUUGAAAAUUUGGUGUCGCAACUUGACAAUCAAUUAAGAGGAUCGCGAAUAACAGCGUUAUCGACUGAAAAGCAGGUUCUAGCUGCUCUACGGUUUUAUGCCACUGGAUGCUAUCAACGCCCAGUAGGUGAACAGUGGGGCAUAUCCAUGAGCCAAACAUCGAUAAGCCGUUGCAUACACCGUGUGACUGACGCAAUCAACAAUUCAAUGUUUACCUCCAAAGUGAAGUUCCCUAUGACGCAACUGGAGUGCCAAGCGGCAAAAGAAAUUUUUGCGUCUGCACCUUCACCAUUUGUAGCAGGAACUAUCGGUGCAAUCGACUGCACCCAUGUUGCAAUUUUGGCUCCCAAAAAUAAUGAAUCAAAUUAUGUCAAUCACCAUGGGUACCAUUCGAUGAACGUGCAAAUGGUAAGAACAAAUGUACAACAUGAA